AUGUACGCUGAUGUGCAGAACUUCGUGAGAGAAUGCACAGAUUGUGCGUCAGCCAAGGGGCGACCACCGCUUCUCGGUCCGUCGCCAGACAAUAUCGAACCGAGAUAUCCGUUCGAGGUGGUCUCUAUGGAUUUCUUCACUGAGCUACCUGAGUCCGACUUGUUGCUGUUCCAAGAUCAAUUCUCAGGAUAUGUCAUGUGCAAGCCCAUGCGGAAUACCGAAGCCCAAGAAGUUGCUGAGGCAUACGAGGAGUGCGUGCGUAUUCAGAAGAUUUGGGGCGAGUUCAAUGAUCAGACAUGA